CGCAGGUGAAGGAAGGCGGUGGCUGGUAAGGGAAAAAUCUAUUGGCUGCUUGUGACUUGACCUUGACACCUCCUUGCUCAGCUAGCUCAAAGUUCGCUAUCAAGAUGCCUCUCAACGCGUUGUCUGCACGUCAGGUUUUCAGGAACGUUAGAGCUGUUCGCCACUUCACGCAAGUGACAGGAUUAAAUGAUGUGGUCAUUGUUAGUGCUGUGCGAACUCCUAUUGGGUCUUUCCUUGGCAGCCUGGCUGAGGUACCAGCCCCACAACUGGGAUCCAUUGCCAUUAAAGAAGCAGUGAAACGUGCUGGUAUUGCUGGAGAAGAGGUACAGGAGGUCUAUAUGGGUAAUGUGCUUCAGGCAAUGGAAGGGCAGGCUCCCAGUCGCCAAGCAACUCUUCGUGCAGGUCUCCCAAUUACUACACCAACAACCACAGUCAACAAGGUGUGUGCCUCUGGAAUGAAAGCUGUCAUGCUUGCAGCCCAGAAUCUAAUGUGUGGGCAUCAGGAAGUUAUGGUGGCAGGUGGGAUGGAGAGCAUGUCAAAUGUUCCUUACUACAUGGCUCGGGGCACAACUCCUUAUGGAGGAAUCAAGCUUCAGGAUGGUAUUGUGUUUGAUGGGCUCACUGAUGCAUAUGACCAAAUUCACAUGGGCAACUGCGCAGAAAAUACUGCCAAGAAGUAUGGCAUCAGCCGAGAAGAACAAGAUGUUUUUGCUGUCAGAAGCUAUACCUUGAGCCAAAAGGCAGCCAGCAGUGGAGUUUUCAAAAAGGAAAUCACACCCGUUGAAAUUCCAAAGAAGAAAGGUGAAGUUGUGGUUGUGUCUGAAGAUGAGGAAUACAAGCGGGUUAACUUUGAAAAAUUCAAGACUCUCAAGCCAGUAUUUCAAAAGGAAGGAGGAACAGUAACAGCAGCCAAUGCCAGUACCCUGAAUGAUGGGGGAGCAGCGCUCGUACUUAUGACAGCCAGAAAAGCUGAAAAACUGGGUGUCAAGCCUUUGGCAAGAAUCCUUGGUUUUGCUGAUGCUGCUAUUGCUCCAAUCGACUUUCCUACUGCUCCUGCUGAGGCUAUUCCAAAGGUGUUGAAGAUGACUGGUGUGAAGAAAGAGGACAUCGCUAUGUGGGAGAUCAAUGAAGCUUUCAGUGUUGUGGUCUUGGCCAACAUCAAAGUUCUCAACAUUGACCCUGCCAAGGUCAAUGUCAAUGGCGGUGCUGUUAGCAUUGGUCAUCCCAUUGGAAUGUCUGGAGCUCGCAUCACAGGUCACAUGGUCCACAACCUCCAGCCAGGACAAAAAGGCUUGGCCAGCAUCUGUAAUGGAGGUGGAGGAGCAUCUGCUAUUCUGAUUGAGCGCUUAUAACCUUUCUACUGGUGGUUAAAACAUUCUGUGAUUAUACCAAUUUGGGCGACAAAUGUGUGAAAUUGUUGUGCAGCUAAACACUGCUGUGAAUGGACUCAAUUUACUUAGCCGCCAACAUCCAGGGGCAACAUUGUCCAUUAUUUCAUUUCUUAAGACAUUUUAAGACAUUGUUUCUUUAAUAACCCAUCCUUCUACAGAUAAAACUGUGGAAGCAAAUAUGUAAAUGAUGUGAUUGAUGGUGAUCUUUUGUGAUGCACACAUACUUUGCUUAUUUUCUACAGCAGGAUCAUGUCAUUUAGCACUGUUCUGGUUAACAGCUCUAAUAAAACUGAAUGCAUUAUAUAUA